AGUUUCCCGUCAGACGAGGGCUGGCCGUUUGCCAAGUACCUGGGAGCGUGUGGUCGCGUGGUGGCAGUGAACUACGUCGGUGAGGAGCUGUGGUCCUUCUACAACGCUCCGUGGGAGAAGAGGGUUGACCUGGCUAGACAGCUGAUGGACAUCGCUGAGCAGCUCACCAACAACGACUUUGAGUUCGCCCUCUACCUGCUGGACGUGAGCUUUGAUAACUUUGCCGUGGGGCCGCGGGACGGCAAGGUCAUCGUGGUGGACGCUGAGAACGUCCUGGUGGCCGACAAGAGACUGAUCAAACAGAGUGAGUUGUUACACUAUAUGGGGGAGGGGGUGUGAGUUGGUGUUGUCACACUGCGGGGGAGGGAGGGAGGGGGAGAGAGGUGUGUAGAGAGUUAUGAGUUUGUGAGUUGGUGUUGUCGCACUGCGGGGGAGGGGGUGGGGAUUGUGUGUGGGUGUCAUCGGUUUGCGGUGUGAUAUUAAGAGGUGGUGUUUUCUCGGUUACUAUGACACCCGGUGUGUGUGUGUCCUUCACGUGCCCUGUGACUGGCUGGCUGACUGACUGGCUGAUUGGCUGACUGGCUGGCUGACUGGCUGACUGGCUGGCUGGCUGGCUGACUGGCUGGCUGACUGGCUGGCUGACUGGCUGGCUGGCUAACUGGCUGGCUGGCUGGCUAACUGGCUGGCUGACUGGCUGACUGGCUGGCUGGCUGGCUGACUGGCUGGCUGGCUGACUGGCUGACUGGCUGGCUGGCUGACUGGCUGGCUGGCUGACUAACUGGCUGGCUGACUGACUGGCUGGCUGGCUGACUGGCUGGCUGGCUAACUGGCUGACUGACUGACUGGCUGGCUGACUGGCUGGCUGACUGACUGACUGACUGACUGGCUGGCUGACUGGCUGACUGACUGACUGGCUGGCUGGCUGACUAGAGACUUGAACACUGCAGAGGCACUACAUCACAUUACCACAUUCUGUAUUUAAUCGUUUAUCCAUCUGAUAUCGUGUUUCUCUCUCUCCUCUGGUGUCAGUCUAAUCUAGGAUGGAGGGGAUUGGGGUGAUGGUACAUCUAGAAAUGUUUUCUUACUGGUUCUGCGAGGCCUGUAUGUCUAGCUUGUACAUCACUAUCAAAGCAAUGCACAGAUCUAACUAGAUGGAGAUGAGUGGCUAACUUUGCCCCAGUCUGUCCUGCAGAAGGAAACGUACUGAGAAACAGCCAUAGAUGCUCCAAGAGGAAGGAGCUGUCAUAUCUCCCAAGAUACUAGUUUCCCCCUGUACACACACACACACACACACACACACACACACACACACUAACCCCCCUGUACACACACACACUAACCCCCCUGUACACACACACACAACACACACACACACACUAACCACAAUACCUGUACACACACACACACACACACAACACACAAACACACCAAACUACCCCUGUACACCCACCACACACACACAAACACACACACACCACACACACACACACACACUAACCCCCCGUACACCACACACACACACACCCCACACACAACACACAACCACACCACACUAACCCCCGUACACACACACACACACACAACACACACACACACACACCCCCCGUAACCACACCACACACACACACUAACCCCCCUGUACACACAACACACACCACAACACACACACACUACACCACGACACACACACUAACCCCCUGUACACACAAACACACACACACACACACAACACACACAUACCCCCUGUAACACCACAACAACACACAACACAACCACCCGUACACACACACGAACCCCCUGUACACACAGACACACACACCACACACAACACACACUAACCCCCUGUAUCAACACAACCCCACACAUCACACACACACACACCCCACUAACCCCCUGUACACACACACACCACACCACACCAACACCCCCUGGACACACACACACACACACCACACACUAACCCCCCGGGAAACACACACACACCACACACACACACCAACCCCCUGUACACACACACAACACACACACAACCACACACACACACACACUACACCCCUGACACACACACACACACACACCACACACACACACACUAACCCCCCUGUACACACACACCACACCACAACAAACCCCCCUGACACACACAACACCACACCACACUAACCCCCCUGUACACACACACACACACACACACACACUAACCCCCCUGUACCACACACACAACACACACACAACACACCACACCACACAACACACACCACACUACAACCCCCUGUACACACUCACACACACAACCCACCCCUGUACACACACACACACACACAACACACACACACACACUAACCCCCCUGUACACACACACACACACACACACACACACACACACACACACACAGACACUAACCCCCCUGUAUAUACACACACACACACAACACACACACACACACUAACCCCCCUGUACACACACACACCACACACACACACACACACACACUAACCCCCCCUGUACACACACACACACACAACACACAACACUAACCCCCCUGUACACACACACACACACACACUAACCCCCUGUACACACACACACACACACACACACACACACAACACACACACACACACACACACACACACUAACCCCCCUGUACACACACACACACACACACACACACACACCACACUAACCCCCCUGUACACACACACACACACACACACACAACACACACACUAACCCCCCUGUACACACACACACCACAACACACACACACACACACCACUAACCCCCCUGUACACACACAGACACUCACACACACACACACACACACACUCCUCCCAAGCCCUACAGCAGAUGUUGGGAAUGGCUAAUCCACUGUCUGUCGGGUACUGGUCCCACGCCACCACUGUGCAGGGUGUCCAAUCAAAAAAUGCAUAUUUUGACCAAUGGCUAUGUUAAUUAUAUAGAUAAUCCUCUAAGAACACCGUUGGACCAAACAUCAUGUCUCAUAAUCUGUUAAAAAAGGUAAAACCUCAUGUCUCAUAAUAUCCGUUCAAAAGGUAAAACCUCAUGUCUGUAUAAUAUCCGUUCAAAAGGUAAAACCUCAUGUCUCAUAAUCUGUUAAAAAAGUUAAUGGAGUUUUUACUCUUGUAGGAUGAUCCAUAAUUAGGGUGACUAAAUAAAUGGAGGCCAGAGGAAAAAAGUCUGUAAAAUUGCAUCGCACCGGCUAGUCUGGUUUCUGGGCCAGAAUUAGGGCUACUGCUACCUGCCACUCACACUUUCCCGUUAAACUCCUCAUCUUUCUUCUCAAAUCCGCAGGACAUAAAACAGUCUCGAGGUAGGAUGGAUAUCGAUUUCAAACAUUACAUUUUCUUCAUAUAUUAGUAUGCGCUUUUCAUAUACAUUUUUCAAAGCCUUUUACAUUUAAUUCAGUUCGGGUCAUGAUCAUUUAGGUUUUUUGUGACCCACGGAAACAACUUUGAAGACUACGACCACAAAAUGUAAAAUCCUCUAAAGUUGUUACGAGAAACCUGCGCCGCUCCGUCAACAGAGCUCGGUAGCUUAUUAUCGGGACCCUAGUGGGCUGACGGGGCAGCAGGGGGGGCUGUGAGGGACCCUAGUGGGCUGACGGGGCAGCAGGGGGGGCUGUGAGGGACCCUAGUGGGCUGACGGGGCAGCAGGGGGGGGCUGUGAGGGACUCUAGUGGGCUGACGGGGCAGCAGGGGGGGCUGUGAGGGACCCUAGUGGGCUGACGGGGGCAGCAGGGGGGCUGUGAGGGACCCUAGUGGGCUGACGGGCAGCAGGGGGGGCUGUGAGGGACCCUAGUGGGCUGACGGGGCAGCAGGGGGUGGGGGAUGUGGAGUUGAGGGACCCUAGUGGGCUGACGGGGCAGCAGGGGGGGCUGUGAGGGACCCUAGUGGGCUGACGGGGCAGCAGGGGGGGCUGUGAGGGACCCUAGUGGGCUGACGGGGCAGCAGUGUGUUGUGUUUUAGCAGCAGUAGUAGGAUGAUUGAGUCAUUUCUGACAGGGCCGGAGGACCACUGCAUUAGAACCGCUGAUACUCUGAUUAUGUUAGAAUCCUCAGGGAUCAUCCUCCUCUCUAACUAUUGAUCUGCUUUCUCCCUCAUGAAGGAGAAAGGAACAGGUCCAAAUUGAUUGGUUCAAUAAAACACAUUUGUUUGUCUAUUUUCUGCCAGAUUAAAUGUUAAAUUAGUUUUUUGAUUGGUUGUAUGUAUCCCAAAAACAUUUCUAUAAUUGCCUCCGAUGACACAGACUCUUGCAGUAAUCUCCUUGAGGCCCUGGUCAUGUAAGGUCAGUGCUUAAUUUGAGCCGGAUCCUGCCAGAACAGGAUCCGGCACCUCUCAGUUUUGGACUGUUUAGUUUCGGGAACCCAUUUGCCGGUACAUCUCCUGGCAUGAAAAAUAAUUGUCACUGUUUGCAAUGUAAAAACAAAUUCAAGUUGGCUCCUCUGUAAUUCUCCUGCCCUCAAAAAAAAUUUUUUGAAAACGUGCCUGAUAUUCUAAGAAUUGAUUUGUUUUGGGCCAGCUUGGGUUUGUGGUUUAACAUCGUAUCCUGCGUAGUCCAACGCGUGUCCAUUGCUGUGGUGAGAAGCCUGUAUCAGACCUUUCUAUGAUCUCUCUCUCCAGCUCUCUGCUCUGAUAGACGUGAGCCUGCAGCUCUCAUCUCUCCAGCGUUGCACUUCAUCAUUUAUUUCCUUAUAGAAUCAUCGCCGUGGGAACGGUGCUGGAGGUUCCGCAGCACCCCUGAUAAACUGAAAUAACUUUGCCAGAAUUUAUAGAAUUACAUCUGUCUGUUCAGAAAGAAAUUAAAUAAAUCAAAAUACUACACCAUGAGUAGGGCUAUAAUUUAGCCGCAGAGGAUCAAUCGCUUAUUUAAAAUAAAUAGCCUAGCUGUUGAUUGUUUGUAGCCCAAUCACAGGCCUGCAGUCGGGUAAGCGCGGCAAAUCUGUCAGUGAACGGCAUGCCGACAAAACAGGCCUUUCGCAAAAUAUUUCAAAUACAAUCGUGGGGAAAACACAGGUUGGAAAGCAAAUGGAUUCUGCUGAAAAGAGAAUCCAUUUGGCCUAUUGAGCGAACAGCAUUGUUUAAAAACGAGAGAGAGAGAGAGAGAGAGAGAGAGAGAAAGGCUUUUGGCAAAAGCGCAUCGGCCGUCGUCGGUGAGUGAGCUGCGCAUUAUUGGGUGAGUCAGUGAACUGGAAAGGUUUUUUAGGACUAAUUUCCUCCUCAUAUUGUACAAUAUUUGUCUCCUCCGCACACCAAGGCCUCGGCUAUUGAUGGAUUCAAUACUAGGUGGUUUCUAUUGAUAUCAGAUUCUCAGUUUGUCCGUGUCAAAGUAGCCCGUCAUUUUGAUCACUUGUGAGGUAUUUAAAAAGAUUUUGCUAAAGUCUCCAGUCAUCUAAAAUGAUGAAAUGCGUUUAGAAAAGGCAAACCGGACCCUAGGCUUAAAAAUAAAAUAAAAUACCCAUAUGUGUAACAUCUGCAAGUGCCUCUACUGCAGUAUGCAACUGCAAUUAUAUAUUUGUUAUGCUCUCGGGUACCUCACAGCCCCCCAGGUCACCCGUCUCUCGGCUCACUUUUAGUUUCCGACCUCCCAAUUUACCAAUGAAGCACUGUGUAAGGUGUUCCUUUUUUGAUUUUCCUCCUACACGUGACAAUUGAAAACGUAUUUAAAAAUAGACGGCCUGGCAGCCAUUUUAAAACACCUCGCUGGAAGCUGCCGUGGACGGUCCAUUCACGUCGUAGGCUAAUGAAGGGUUCUGAAUUGUUAUCGUGAAACAUAAUCAGUUCCCAUCCCAGUUCAGUCUGGAUCAAUUCCAGUUCAGCUUUUUGGAAAAUUUUUAAUAGCCCACAACAAUGAUAGGUAUAUUAAUUAUGCAUUUACUGCUGCUGAAAUGUAACGGACUCACUCUAACCAUGGCUAUUCCCUCUCACAGUAUUCCUAGUCGUAUCUCUCAGUAGUAGUAGUAGUGUAUCUGUCUAACCUCUCUCUGUCCUCUCUCCCCCACUCUCUGUCUCUCUCUCUCUCUCCUCUCUCUCUCUCUCUCUCUCUGUCUCUCUCUCUCUCCAUCUUCUCUCUCUCUCUCUCUCUCUCUCUCUCUCUCUCUCUCUCUCUCUCUCUCUCUCUCUCUCUCUCUCUGUCUCUGUCUCUGUCUCUGUCUCUCUGUCUCUGUCUCUGUCUCUGUCUCUCUCCAGAUAAACCAGAGAACUAUGACGUGUGGUACGAGAGUCGCUUCGAGGACUGUGACAAAGAGGCCUGCCUGUCCUUCUCCAAGGAGUCUCUGUGUAACCGUGUCACCGUGGACCACAACUACUACGCCGUGUGUCAGAACCUGCUGUCGCGCUACGCCACGUGGCGAGGGACCACCGGCGGCCUGCUCCACGACCCCCCCGCCCACAUAGCCAAAGACGGCCAGCUGGAAGCGCUGUUGGACGAGUGCACCAACCCCAAAAAACGCUACGGACGCUUCACAGCCGCCAAGGAGCUGAGGGACUACCUCACCCAGCUAGUUUCCUCCUCCUCCGCCACGGCGAGGUAA